CUUCGCACUCGACAUUUCGCUAAUCUUCAUGCAAAAUCAAAAGAAACAACGGAAGAUGGUGGCAGGCAUGACGGCCGACAAUGCCUCAGCGAAUGGACUCCUUCCGAGGGAAUGCAUGCAUAUUGUCGCGUCAUACUUGGACCACUCGGCGUUGCAUAGGAUGGAACUGACAUGUCGAUCGUUCUACGAAUGCGCCAUCGACGGAGGUUCGGAGGCCAGUUGACAUCAAAUGUAUCUGACCCUUGUGAUAUCGACAGCAUAUUGGAGAAUGAGUGCGUUGCGCGACGCUGUGGUGCUUCCUAGCAAGAACGAAUUGGGCUGGAAGGCUCUGGCCUGUGCGUGUGCAAGGAUCGACGCGCGAGAGUCCGUCGGACUCCUGCACGCUGUCGUUGCGGUGUCUUCUGUCGACCGGCCUGAUGCCGAAAGCCCCGAGAACACUCUGCGCAUAUCGCGAUGUUUCCGGCGUAUGCGGGUGCUCAAUGACGGCGUGCCGCGCCAAGCGCUGCUCAACUAUACCCUGCAAACGCUGAUCUGCGGAUGUUCCCGAGGUGAAUGCUACUGGAGCAGUGGUCCAUCCUCGUCUCAGAUGCAAGAUGAUUACAUUGACUACGCCGUACUCGAUCAAUGCAUCGUUCGCGCGAUGGAACUGGUGCCGUACAAGGCCUUCUGGCAGAUGGGUGAGCCCGGGUAUGCGCCACUCAAGGUGUCCAUUGCACUUCUCGCAAAGUCCGAGACAAGUGAAGAGCGAUGUAUCGUCUACUCGUCUCCACCAUUUGACGUUGCGAAUCGAAUGGAGAUGCAAACGUUCCAGCUACCGCGACAGAUCUUCGUGCCCGCCGACGCGCAUGUCCGCAUCACCUUCCACGGGAAGCAUCAGUUCGAGUACGACUCCACGGAGAACCCUCGGCGCUACUUUUGCUGCAUCAGCCAAAUGGGGGUGACAGGUGUUGGGUUUCACACUAAAUGAAGGCUGUGAAUCGAUAACGCAAUGGCCAAUGGCCGAUCAACUAGAAAUAUUGCUGUAAUUUAAUUGGCUGAAUUUCGUAAUAAUAUUGUGACCAA